AGGCGGAGCCAGGCAGAGCCAGGCGUCUCUGGGAGCCGAAGAAGGAGCGCCCAGCAGCGGAUGAGACGGUGCUGAAAGACGGGGAGCGACGCCGGUCUGAAAAGGGGGGGGCUACACGGACUUCUACAUCAUAUAAUUAUUAAUAUUAACGAGGCGAUGUUUCGCCACCGGAUUACCCUUCGUCGAGAUGAACACGGUCGUGUGCGGUAAUAAUAAUACGGGAACGGGAUCUCGGGAUGCUGAGGACGCUCUCCAAGCCCCGGACGCGUGACGGUGGACGGCGGGGGUAAGACGGGGUGUGCGCGGCGCGGUCACGGUGCGAGCCGGCCCGGCUAUCUCCACUCCCACCGACCGCUAGCUCCUUACACUUCGAGCCAGCCGACCAUUUUACAUUUUUAACAGCCUCAGUUUAGUGAACGAGGGUAUCGUACUAAAAAAAAAAACACAAUCGAGUGAAAUUAACACCCUGGGAGUGUUAUAUAUUAAGGUAGGGAAGAGGCGGUGGCUUCAAGAGGGAUACGCGGGCGACCUACUACCAAAGACGGGUUUUUUCCCCCUGCAAAUCAGCGAGGAAUAUCCACGCCCCGGAGUCUGAUACAUCCAUCCUAUUACUCUAGCUAGCUGGCUAACCUCACUCCCAUCCUAGCUAGCCAUCUCCCCAAUCCUAUGACACUAGCUAACCCUCUCUCCAUCCUAUUAUUCUAGCCAUUUACAUCCAUUAUACCCCACUAGCCAGCCAUCUCCAUCCUAUUCCUCUCCAGUAACCCCCAGUGGGUGAGCCAUUUCUACCGUUAUAUCGCCUAAGCUAGCCAUCCCUCCAUCCUAAUAAUCCAGCCCAGGUGGCUAGCCAUCUUUCCCCACCAGUGCUGGCUAGCAUUCCCAGUAAAAGGAGCCCACUAUAAGGUGGGGCCGAGGACUUGACAACCUCUCCCCCUGCACCGGGGAACCGGUUCGGUAUCCCGGCUAGCGGGCUAAGCAGCCAGCCUGCCCCGGCGUACAGGCUGGCCGUCCGGGACUCACCCCAGCUCGAGACCCGCUGGUCCGCCUGUCAUUGACAUUGGAGGAAGGGUUGUGGAUAAGGGGGAGAAGACACUUGGAUAAGGCCGUGUGUGUGUGUGUGUGUGUGUGUGUGGACAUCGGUGGCCCUCGGGCCAGCCCCGAGUAAGACACACCGGAGGUAGAGAAGCGGAGACCUCGUCAGGGGCUGUCGCUCCAGACCCCCUGCCCCGGGAGGAGGACUCGACAUCGGGGGAGACCACUGGGUCUUUCACCUACCUUGCGAGACCAUGGCGGACGACGACGUCCUCUUCGAGGAUGUGUACGAGCUGUGCGAGGUUAUUGGGAAGGGUCCCUUCAGCGUGGUGCGGCGCUGCAUCAACAGGGACACGGGCCAGCAGUUUGCCACCAAGAUCGUGGACGUGGCGAGCUUCACAUCCAGCCCCGGCCUCAGCACCGAGGGUAAGGAGUGCACGCACACAUGCACAGACGCACUUAACGGCAUAAGCACGCUGCGUCAAGUACGGCACGCGCACGUGUGCCGUCACUCACCCACAGACGGACGCCCCGACGCAUGCGGGUACAUACCGUCACGCACGCACACACGGGCGGACGCACGCAUGCACGUACGGUCUGGCUGGCACGCACGAAAGCAUGCACCCACGUAUAGUCGUGCACCCACAUAUGAACGCAAGCUUGCACGCACACUCUUCUAAUGCAAGACACUGAUU